GCAGGCGAGAGUGACAAAUCUGAUGAGCUGAAAAACAGUAAAAAGCGGGAGGAUUUGGGGCAGCAGGAGAGGAAACUCCCUUCCUCCGUCGCCUCCCUGCCCCAGGCAUGUUGGCGCUGCCCCGCUGAGACGUGCAGAGUUUGGGGUUAACUCGCACCCGGCCGCCCUGGAAUAGAGACGCUCCGGACCGGAUCGGUUGGGGUUUGUGGUCUAUGUCUUGUUGGGAAAUCCGGCGGAUUUUUUUCUCGCUCGUGGAGGAAGAGCCCCGUCCUGGCGGUUGGCUUCGUGGUGUUUUUUGGAGGGCGAAGGAAGGGAAGGGAUCUUGCUUGAGCCGUACACAGAGAGAGCUCGGACAUGUGUUGUCAGCACAUCUGGGGAAUACAGUCUGCAAGUCCAGAAGGAAAAUUGCUGGGAUCGUUCAAACUGCGAUAUUGAUCUUUGUUAUUUUUUUUCGCCGAGGGAUGCACUUGGCAUGAGAAUCAGAGGAUGGAAAUUGUUUGGGAGGUGCUUUUUCUUCUGCAAGCGAAUUUCAUUGUCUGCAUUUCAGCUCAACAAAAUUCACCAAAAAUCCAUGAGGGCUGGUGGGCAUACAAGGAAGUGGUCCAGGGAAGCUUCGUUCCAGUUCCCUCCUUUUGGGGUUUGGUGAACUCAGCUUGGAAUCUUUGCUCUGUUGGGAAAAGGCAGUCACCCGUCAAUAUCGAAACCAGCCAUAUGAUUUUUGAUCCAUUCCUAACUCCGCUUCGCAUCAACACAGGGGGAAGAAAGGUCAGCGGGACGAUGUACAACACAGGGAGACACGUUUCUCUACGAUUAGACAAGGAGCACUUGGUGAACAUCUCCGGAGGGCCGAUGACAUACAGCCACCGCCUGGAGGAAAUCCGGUUACACUUCGGAAGUGAGGACAGCCAGGGAUCAGAGCACCUUCUCAACGGACAGGCGUUCUCUGGGGAGGUUCAACUGAUCCACUACAACCACGAGUUGUACACAAAUGUCACAGAAGCUGCAAAGAGUCCUAAUGGGUUGGUGGUAGUUUCCAUAUUUAUGAAAGUAUCUGAAUCAUCAAAUCCAUUUCUAAAUCGUAUGCUUAACAGAGACACUAUAACAAGAAUAACGUAUAAAAAUGAUGCAUACUUACUACAGGGGCUUAACAUUGAGGAGCUUUACCCAGAGACCUCUAGUUUCAUUACAUAUGAUGGGUCAAUGACAAUUCCACCCUGCUACGAAACAGCAAGCUGGAUAAUAAUGAACAAACCCGUCUACAUAACAAGAAUGCAGAUGCAUUCCUUACGACUGCUAAGCCAGAAUCAGCCAUCACAGAUUUUUCUGAGCAUGAGCGACAAUUUCAGACCAGUCCAGCCCCUCAACAAUCGAUGUAUCCGAACUAAUAUCAACUUUAGUUUACAGGGAAAAGAUUGUCCAAACAAUAGAGCACAGAAACUACAGUAUAGAGUAAAUGAAUGGCUCCUCAAGUAAGACAGAGCAGGCAGAACCCAUAACCUCAGUGGAAUGCUACUACUGUGAUUGACAUAAUCUAGAAUGCACCCAAACUCACUCUUUCUUUGGGUUCGUGACAGCAUGGGCAAGCAUGCUGUAGGAAUAAAGCUGCCAUGUU